AAAAUGAAACUCCAAAAUCUCAAAUUCUAAUCUACCUCUUGACAUGACAUGUUGACACUACACGACAAGAUAGUGAGUCAUCUUUAUGUCAAAAAAGAUGUUCACUUCCUUGCUCAAUCAAACAACUUAGUCAAAUGUUCUCAUUAUAUACACAUAUGUAGGUUCACACUCUUACCCUUUACAUCACAAAAAUGAAUGGUUAUUCAAAGAUUGGUAGUACUAGCCACAAAUCAAGAUCUAUAGAUUUUUCAGAUUUUUUCUCAUUUUCUCAGACACCAAAACCAACCAGGAUUAGCAACACUCUUGAAACAAUUAAACAUGUUGAAGAACCUAAUGAUAACGAGGUCAUCAAGAAGAGGGAGGUGGUAGAUGAAGGAGAGAGAUUUGGAGUGAUAUUAGGUAGGAGCUGUUCAGUUUCUUCUUCUUCAUCUUGUUCUGCUGCAUCUGGGUUUCAGGCAACAGUGAAGAGAGCAUUUUCAAUAAAAAGAUCUUCUUCAUCAGUUUCAGAGAGGUACUGUAGAAUCCAUGAUCAGAACAUGGUAACAGAAGCAUCAGAUGAGUUAGUCAUCAUAGAUGAUGCAAUCAAGAACAAGAAGAAAAAACAUAAAGGAGGCAAGAUCCUUAAAGUCUGUAAGCGUUUGUUUGGAUUCUAGUUAAUAGUUGUGUAAUAAUUGUAUUACUAUUAUUGUAAUCUUGAAUCAUAAUGAGAUUUGAAAGUCAAUUAAUUAA